GUCUGUGUUUUUCAUUUCACCGUAAGCGGUUUUAUUUCCUUCUCCUUGCUUUUGUCUCUGCAUUUGGGUCCGGUGGCCAGUUUCAACGUGGUUGAGGUUUGCGCCGGUGAGAGUGAUUGCUGAUUGCUUCUUGGGGCUUCGUUGGGUGUGUCUUUGGAUUUGGGGGUUUAGGGUUUCGCAGUUCACCCUUUCUCCUUUGUUGAUUGCUUCGCGGUGAGUUCGUUCUUGGUUUGCGACGGUGACAUACGUUGUUGAUUGCUUCGCGGUGGGUUCGUUGGGUGUUUGUUUGUAUUUGAGGGUUUAGGGUUGCCAACUUAUUUUGAGUGCCAUUCGUUCCUUCGUGCGCAGUCUACGUGGAUCGCAAUGGAUGCCAUCUCCCAACAAACUGAAAACAGGGUAAGUGAUGUUGCGUUUAGGUUUGGGUGUAGGUGUAGUCAUGUUUAUAGAAAACAAGUUUCUCUUUCGUUUCCUAAUUGUUCAGAUUCAGUAGGUUGAGUUUUAUGUUCCUUUCUUAAGAGUAAAACUCCAAAGAAAUAAAGAGAACCAAAAUUGGUAACCUCUCAUACCUUGCAUGGCUUAUUCCAUCCAUAGUAACAAAAUAAAAAACAAAACUGGUCGACACCAAUCUCUAAUUAACACCCAAAGAGGGGAAUAAAGAGAAACAUGGGGAAAAGAGGUAAUUCACGUGAUAGAAAUAUGUAAUAGUGUUCUGCUAAGUGGAUUUUUCUUUAGUGGAAUAUUUAACAGGCUUGGAUUUUGGAGUGCAAUGUCUUCCAAUUUGACAAAUCAAUUUCGUAAUGUUCUUAGCAAAGAGCUUAUGGUUAACACGAAGGUAAUAUAUUCUACGAAAACGUAUCAUAGAUUUAGCAUUUUGUUUCAUUGUUGAUAGUUAUUUUUUAGGAGUAUUCUAUGACACCCGUACAUUACAUUUCAUCUUUGUAAACAAGCAUGAAAGUGGUACAUUACAUUACAUUAUUUUUUGGUCCGUGGCGUUGAUAAUAUAAAAGUGGUACCCUGAUUUUCUGAUGGUGAUAAGCAGCUCGAAGAAAGUGGUCUAGGGAGUAAAGCUUAAAAUGUGAGAAGUAUAGGAAUUUAAAUGAAUUGUUAAACUGUGUUGUUUUCUUUUGAAUUGUAUUUGUGAGUCGUUAGUUUGGUUUUUGGUGAACUUAGAUGGGAUGGGGACUGCAGACUGGAGGGCUGCAAAGAGCCCUGCUUAUUACAAGCGUGGGGAUUAUGUGCCUGGCGAAGAUAUGCUUCGGAAGGCAUUGAAGCAGCCUGCAAAUGGGCAUAUACAGAUGCUCUUGAAGGUGUAGUGCUAGUAGACAAGAUAAUAAAGUGCUCAACAUACAGUUCAAUGUGGCAAAGGUAUUAGAGUUCAUAUUCCCUAUCGUUGAUCAGUCUGUAAGUAUCAUACAUGUGUUUUUCAUCCUCUGUUCAUCUUUAUUACUACGAACAUCAUUGCCAUUCAAGUGGUGAAGACUAUCCGUCCAUGCCUAGUUGAGCUCAGUGAGGAUCCUGAUGUUGAUGUGCGAUUUUUCUCUACCCAAGUACUACAGGCAAUUUGUCAUGAUGUCUAGCUAGGCAGGAAUGGCUAGACAAGCGUUACAAGAAGAGAUGCAACUUUUUGGAACAAGGCUAUCAUCAUCCCUUAUGAAUGAAGAAGUUGCACUUCUUCACUAGGCUUGACCUCAAAGCAACCCAUUGCCAAGCCAUCAAGUUAGGAUCCAUCGCAGACCUUUUCAUCGCCAACAACCUCAUAUCAUCAUAUGCAAAAUGCACAGAUAUAACCUCUGCUCACCAACUGUUCGACGGAAUGCCCCACAGAGAUACAGUGUCUUGGAACGCCAUAAUUUCUGCUUAUGCAAACUCUGGUCACUUGGGAACCACAUGGAAAAUCGUCAGUGCAAUGAGAUGGUCUGCACUUGCAUUUGACAGCCAUACAUUAGGAAGCAUUCUCAAGGGUGUUGCCCUAGCUGGCCAGCUCAAACUUGGUCAACAGAUGCAUUCUGUCAUGCUCAAGACGGGGUUAGUAGAAAACAUGUUUUCUGGUAGUGCCCUCUUGGAUAUGUAUGCCAAGUGUGGGAGAGUUGACGAUGCAUACAUUGUUUUUAAGAACAUGCCAGAGCGCAAUUACGUGUCGUGGAAUACACUUGUUGCUGGCUAUUCACGAGUUGGUGAUCGUGACAUGGCAUUCUGGGUGCUACAUUGUAUGGAGCUUGAGGGUGUAGAAAUUGAUGAUGGCACGGUGUCUCCACUUUUGACGUUGCUUGAUGAUGCUGAGUUUUGUUGGUUGACAAUGCAGUUGUAUUGUAAAAUAUUGAAACAUGGGCUGGAAUCGUUUAAUACUGUCUGCAAUGCUUCUAUCACAGCAUUUUCAGAGUGUUGUUCUUUGCAAGAUGCUGAGAGAGUAUUUGAUGGUGCUCUUGCCUGUCGCGAUGUGGUUACAUGGAAUUCCAUGCUCGCUGCUUAUUUGAUGCACGAGAAAGAAGAUUUUGCAUUUAAAGUUUUCGUUGAUAUGCAGAAUUUUGGGUUUGAGCCAGAUGCUUAUACUUACACAGGGAGUGUCAGUGCUUGUUCUGCACAAGAGCGUAAAAGCAAUGGAAAAUGUGUGCAUGGGUUGGUGAUAAAAAACGGCCUUGAAGAUUCUGUUCCUAUUUCCAAUGCUUUGAUUGCCAUGUACAUCAGAUUUAAUGAUAAGGGAAUGGAAGAUGCAUUAAGAAUAUUCUUUUCAAUGAAUGUCAAAGAUGGUUGCACUUGGAACUCCAUUUUGGCAGGAUAUGUACAAGGUGGUUUGACUGAAGAUGCCUUGAGGUUAUUUCUACAAAUGAGAUAUCUGGUCAUAGAAAUUGACCAUUAUACCUUUUCGGCUGUCAUAAGAUCAUGCUCGGACCUAGCAACUCUACAGUUAGGUCAACAGGUUCAUGUCUUAGCACUUAAAGUAGGACUUGAUACCAAUAAUUAUGUUGGGAGUUCGUUUAUAUUCAUGUAUUCUAAAUGUGGGAUAAUAGAAGAUGCUAAGAAAUCUUUUGAAGCAACUUCCAAAGACUAUGCGAUUGUUUGGAAUUCAAUCAUCUUUGGGUAUGCACAACAUGGACAAGGAAACCUUGCGCUUGACCUCUUUUACUUAAUGAAUGAGAGAAAGGUGAAACCUGAUCAUAUAACCUUUGUUGCAGUUCUAACUGCGUGCAGUCAUAAUGGGCUAGUAGAAGAAGGCUGCAACAUUAUAGAGUCUAUGGAGUCUGAUUUUGGAAUUCCACGACGUAAGGAGCACUAUGCUUGUGCAAUUGAUCUCUAUGGUCGGGCAGGGCGACUUGAGAAGGCAAAAGCUUUGGUUGAAACGAUGCCUUUUCAAGCUGAUGCAAUGGUGUUAAAAACUUUGUUAGGUGCCUGUAGGUUUUGUGGUGAUAUCGAAUUAGCUAGUGAAGUAGCAAAAGAUUUGCUAGAGCUGGAGCCUGAGGACCACUGCACUUAUGUUAUACUCUCUGAAAUGUAUGGACGAUUCAAGAUGUGGAAUGAGAAGGCUAGUAUAACAAGGAUGAUGCGAGAAAGGGGAGUGAAAAAAGUUCCAGGUUGGAGUUGGAUAGAAGUGAAGAAUAAAGUACAUGCUUUCAAUGCUGAAGAUCAUUCUCAUCCCCAAUGUGUGGAGAUAUACACACAACUACAACAACUAAAUCAAGGAAUUAAGUUGUUCAAUAGUUUUGUCAAUCAAAUGUUGAUACAACAAUGUUUGCAAUAUGAUGGGAGAUAGUAAAGGUUCAACCAUGAAGGGAUCCAAUUUGUUUGAUUUCUUCUAGCUUACAGUGGUGUUAUUGGGUGUAAAAGUCAAUCUGCUGAUUCCGAACCAAGUUUCAACAAUGAUUCUUGUGUUGUGUUGUGACUGUAAUAAUUGGACAAACAAGAAUUAUAAGUGGAAUUAGUUAGUGCAGUAACGUUUUUGGAUUAGAAGAGAAAUUAUUAUCCAAGCUUUGCACAGACAACACUUUUGAUUGGGUGCUUUUGAUAUGUGUAAUUGGUUGAUCAGUGGUUAGCAUAACCAUUGGUAUGAGAAUGUUAGUCAACUAUAAAAUGAGAAUAAGACUUGGCCUCUGCGUGAACCGUAGGUUUAAGUUAGAA